UAUAUAAAAUGGCGAUGAGGAUCGCUCAUCCACAUACACUGCUAUCAUAACUGCAUCUGCCUGUCUGCACUUCAUCCGCGUAUUUUCUCUUGCGUCUCGUUUUGAGCCGGAAAUCCGUGCGCUUAUUGCCUUAACCAUGGCUUCGUCCUCAUCAGAAGAGAUGUUCCACACCGUCCUCGCAGUCUUCGAGCAAAUGAAGUCGGUGAGGAUGUCCAGCUACAUACAAGCCAACUCGGUCAUGCAGGAAUUGGAGAAGGAAGCGAAGGAGAAGGAGGAGGCCGAAGAACAACAGAAGAGAGCUGAGGAGCGGAAGCGUGCUCAAGAGCACGCCCAGAAAGUCAGAGAGCAGCAGAAGAAAGCCGAGGAGCACAAGCGAAAAGUCGAGGAACAACAGAAGAAAGCAGAGGAGCAGCGAAUCGCCAGGGAGCGUCAGAAGAAGGCCGACGAACAGCGGAAACAGAAACAGAAAGCCGAGGAAGAGCAGAAAAAGGCUGAGGAGAAGCGGAAGAAAGCGGAAGAGCAGGCACGUAAGACAAAGGAAGAGGCGAAGAAAAAGGUCGCGGAACCGGCUGUCGGGACAGCAAAGCAGUCCGCGGACCCCGUGGUGGUUGUGGAACGCGCACUCUGCGAGAAGAGAGUGGAAAGGGUGGUAUUCAUCAAGGAGACUGGCACCAAGCGUGCUACUGGGGAAGAGGCGCGCUCGUCGAAGACAGUUCUUGCAGGGCCUUCAUUAAAGUUGGAAUUGGCACUCGUGCCUUCCCUAGUGGAGUUCAAGGAGACCAAACGGCGUCUUGGGUACCAGGAGGGUUGGUUCCAUUUCGCUGUCGCCGGCGUAGCUGGGAGCGGCAAAUCGUCGUUGAUAAAUGCCGUACGCGGUCUUCGGAACAAUCAAGGCACGAAAGCCGCGCCCGCAGGGGUCACUGAGACCACGACGGCCGUCACCCGCUACCCCGAUCCCAUCCUCCCUGUCGCCUGGUACGAUAUCCCGGGCGCAGGCGCCUCGGAUGUCGGAAAUCACGACGCCUACUUCCAGAAGCAAGGUCUCUACAUCUUCGACUGCAUCAUUGUCUUGAUAGGCGAUCGCGUCACGAACAACGACAUCGCAAUAUUGAAGAAUUGUGCAGGCUACCACAUUACGGCGUACAUCGUGCGAUCCAAGUCCCUCCAACAUAUCCGAAAUAUCGCGAACGACCUGGAUGGGAGUGGCAGGCGCACGGCGUUGGUUCUCGAGGAGGCGCGGAAGAAAUACCGCGAGGAGACCUGCAGAAGCGUUGGUCACAACCUCGACAAAUACGACUUACCGUCGCGGGACGUGUAUCUGGUCGACAAAGACACGAUGGUCGAGGUCAGACAAGGCCAGCAGCCUUCAGAGAUCCAAGACGAAGUGCGGCUCUUGCGUGAUCUCUUUGUGGAGACUUACAAUCGUCGAGGCUCCAAACGCAUAGUGGGGCUGGUUAAUUGAGAUCACUCGUAAAGACUGCUGAAUUGAUCGUAUCUCUCGAUGCUGGAGCAGUGGUGCAUCAGGAAAACUCAAAUCCGGCUCAUGAUGCUUUUAUCCGCUUGCCAUCACCAAGAAAGACGAGUCCGAGAAAGUCUCAGGACCUCCUUAUUUUGAACUUUUCUCCGGGUUGGGAACUUCGUAUGGUGUGCUAAUUGGCUUGUACAAGCUGAAACUAGCAGAAACAAGUCAAAAAGGAGGUUCUCGAACCACAAGCCGAUUUGAGUUUUCCUGACGCAGUGGGAUCGGCUGGAUCAACGGAAUCAAAUGA